AUGAAUCAAUUGCAAGCAAGUUGUAGGAUUUCAGAAUGCAAAAAAAACCAUGCGCUGCAUUAUUGUAACAUAUGUGAAAAUAAAAAUUCUGAUCAUUUACCAAGAAAUUGUCCACAUGGUAUAGAAGUGUUUCAUGGCACAGCAGUUUAAAAUAUCCCAUCAAUACUUGAAAAUGGUCUUUAACCUUCAACUAAUGGAACUCUUGGUCGAGGCAUCUAUUUUGCAAAGGGAAUUGAAGCAUUAUAAAUCUCUGUGCAUCGUGGUGAUGGGAGUGGGUUUGCUGUUUUCAAAUGUAAAGUUAAUCCAAAAUAUUGUAAAACAAGCGUUCAUCCAUAAUGGCAAGGUGUUACAAAUUCAGAAUUCCAAGAAUGGUGCCUCUAAGAUUGUUCUAAGUAUGCAUUUGUAGGUCUAUUCUUAAUUCAAAGUAUUGUCAAAGGUGUGAUGGUUGUCGGCCUUAUGUAGAUGCUUUGA